UAAGCUGCCAUAUUGAACUGCACUAACUCAAGACCUGGGGCAGGCAGUUCAGUGAACUGCUGUACUCAGUUCUGUUUGCACUAUUGGAAAGAACAGUCAUCUUUGACGUCACUUCUGCUAAAAAGAACGCCUCAGUGUACACUUUAUGAACUAAUACAGAAAGUUCAGCUGGAAAGAACAAACCUCUAAUGUAUAUACUGUGGUUCAGUGCAGUGUAUCAGUUCGGAGCGUGGAAUCAGUUUAAUUGAUCUUUAAAUAUAUGCACGAAUUUUAGCUAUUUAUUCAUAAAAUAUUACUCGAUGUCAUUUUCUCAUUUUUAAUGGCAUUUUCUGCACAAUUAUUAAAAUUAAAUAGUUUAAUUAUCUGUAACUAAUUCGCGAAAGUUCAGCAAAUUCAAAUUAUCCAAAGACCGAUGAGCGCAUAACCUUCUUAAAAUAUCAUUAACAGCAUGUAUCAUUUGUCAUAAUUAAAUCACAAAAAGUGCCACAAUUGAAAGACUUAUACUUAAUAAAAUAAACGUUUAACUUUUAUCGUUGUUUCAACUUACAGUCAAUGGAUUACGAGAAACAAAAAGAUGAAAUUACUGCAUUGGAAAGUAUCUAUAAUGAAGAAGAAUUUUCAUAUCAUGAGGAAAACAGCCGGUUUGAUUGUACUUUUAAAAUUUUUGUAAACCUUCCAGCAAAAUAUCAUUUAACAUACAAGGAUUUGAGACAUGAGACAGAAUCUAAACAAGAAGUACAGAUAUCAUAUUUGCCACCCUUAACAUUACACAUUACAUUGCUGGAGGAUUAUCCAUCUGCAUCUGCUCCAAUGUUUACAUUAUGUUCCUCUUGGUUGCGCCCAAUAGUACUAUCUAAGCUAUGCAAAAAGCUCGAUUUAUUAUGGGAGUAUAGCAAACAGGAAAUUUUAUUUACAUGGAUGGAGUUCCUUCAAAAUGAAACACUCAAAUUUUUGAAAAUAAAAGAUCAUCUAAAUAUGGAUUAUAUGUAUACAUCUUACAAAAAGACAUUGGAAAAAUUACAGAAUUUACAAAUAAAUAAAGAAAUAGACGAACAAUGUAACAAACAAUGCAACAGUGGAGUCAACAAAGAGAAUAGGGAAAAUAUAUCAAAGAAGACCAAUGUCAUUGAUAAGAGAGCCAUUUUAGAUUGUCCCAUCGGUAAAAAUCCUAUUCAAGUAUUGAUCGAUUACAAUGAAAAAUGGAAACAAAUUGAAUUUAAAAAGAAUUUUUAUACAUGUAACAUCUGUUUUACUGACAAGUUGGGAGAGCAUUGUACCCAGUUUUUGCCUUGUACUCAUACUUUUUGUAAAGAUUGCAUUAAAAGUUACUUUGAAGUAAAGAUUAAGGAAGGAAGUGUACAGAAUAUCUGUUGUCCUGAAGAAAAGUGUAAAUUUGAGGCUACGCCUAAUCAGAUAAAAGACUUAGUAAGCUCAGAGUUAUUCUCAAAGUAUGAUUCUCUAUUGUUAAGUACUACAUUAGACACUAUGACGGACAUAAUUUACUGUCCAAGACGACACUGUCAAUAUCCAGUCACUUGCGAUCCCGAUGAUCACAUGGCAAAAUGUCCCGUUUGUCAAUAUGCAUUUUGUGUUCGUUGCAAGAUGGUUUAUCAUGGAGUAGAACCCUGCAAGAUUAGUUCAGCUGAAAAACAACGAUUACUCAGUGAGUAUCAAUCAGCCAGUAAUGAAAAAAAGGCAGAAAUGGAAAAACGUUAUGGCAAAAGACAACUUCAAACAAUGAUAGAGAAUACUAUGUCUGAAAAUUGGAUUAAUGACAAUAGUCAUAAUUGUCCUCACUGCAAAACUGCGAUCGAGAAAUCAGAUGGCUGUAAUAAGAUGACCUGUUCGAAUUGCGGCACAUAUUUCUGUUGGUUAUGCGGUACGCGGCUUAAUCCCGAAACACCCUAUAUACAUUUUCGAAAUCCAGACUCCAAAUGUUUCAAUAUGUUGUAUCGCGGUGUAAUACCUGAUGAACCAGACGAUGAUGAUGAUUUCGAUUUUCACGCCGAAUAUUUAGAUUAUUAUUCUGAAGAUGAAGAAUAUAUUUACGAUGAAGAUUUCAUCUUGGAGCUGGACGAUUGAAUCAAUUUCAUUAAAUUUUGUAAAUAUGUGAUCCAUAUAUUUAUGAAAUAUAUCUCAUAGAUAUUGGAAUAUUUUCUUUUCAGUUUUGUCGUUAUAAUUAAUUAGAUAUUUUGCGCAAACUGCAUUGUAACAAAUUUUAGUUAAUUUAAUUAUCUCAAGAUUGCUAUUGUAAAACUAAAUAUUGCAA